GGGACGGCUAUGGCCUCGCCAAUGCAAGCCGCCAAGAUGCCAUGUCUGCUGUGGAGUAGCUGGACAACCUUGCAUUCGCGCGCACAAGAGAAGCAGCAAUGGCGUUCUUGGAGAAGCCAGAAGAGCUUUCGGCCCAAAGUGCUGGAGGUUAGCAACCGCUUGUCAGCCUCACUGAUAUCUCCUUGCCAAGGCCAGCCACUGUUUUGCUUGAUAGCAUCCUGUGCCGCGCUUGCUCAAGUAAGUCUAGUCUUGACUUUGCAAGAGGAGAUGUUGUUGCAUGGACAGGUAUUGGAAGGACGAACAAAGUGGGGUGAGCAUCUAUCUUCGCCGGUGCUGUCAAUGGCGUCUGGAAUGCUUCUUUCGUCCCUUCAAGUCAUUCCCACAGCCGCACCAGUCUACGAGAAUGUACUGAAGAUAGCGAUGCCAAUGGCGGUGGCACUCACUCUUUUGGAAACUGAUGUGCAGCGGGCCUUCACAGAUGCUGGUUCUACGCUCAAGGCCUUCUGGAUCGGAGCCGCGGGAACGAUACUUGGGACACUUGUGGCCUUUUGGAUUGUUGGGAGGCAUCUUGGACCUGAUGGCUGGAAGAUUGCGUCGUGUCUUUGUGCCAGUUAUGUUGGUGGCAGCAUCAACUAUGCAGCCACUGCGCAGGCGCUCGAGCUGAGCUCGGGGAGCACCCUUGCCGCUGGAAUCGCUGCUGAUAAUCUUGCAAUGGUUCUCUACUUCGGCAUUAUCAUGUGGAUACCCGCUGACACUCGGAGACCACCUCCACAUAUUACUCGAGAGGAGGCUUCUGAACUUGACGCAAAACCAACAAGCGAAACAGUCAUCGUAUCUCUUGCUGUCGCUGCUGCAUCAUGCACCAUUGGCAACGCUCUCGCGGCACUUCUUCCCUCCACAUUCGCAGGUUGUGGCUUGGCCAUCAUGGCGCUUGUGGCGUCUGCAUUUUCAGCAGUUGCAGCGAGGGCGUGCCAUUCCCAAUCCCAUUCUCGUUCCGCAAGAGGCACCAGCGUAGCCGUGUUUGCGGGCUCUCAAGUCAUUGGUGGCGCUCUCAUGCUCCUCUUUUUCGCAGUGGUUGGUGCAUCCUGCAGCAUACGUGACGCCGUUUCAGCUGGCUGGCCUCUCUUCACUUUUAUCCUUCUUUUGCUCUUGACUCACCUGGGCUUUACACUCGGCCUUGGAUCGCAGUGCAAGAUCCCAAUGCGCGCGCUAUUGGUUGCAUCGAAUGCUAAUAUAGGCGGUCCGGCAACCGCUGCGGCAAUGGCGAACGCUCGUUGCUGGAAAGAACUGAUUCGGCCUUCAAUAUUGGUGGGAACACUGGGAUACACGAUUGGAACGGUCAUUGGAUGCGUGCUGGGAACAAGCACGCUGAGAACCAUGACCCCUUUGUAAGUUUUUCUUUCCGACUUUGUACGAUACGAUGUCAGCGUUGCGUCAGUUGCUUUGCACCUCGUGGCUGAUCCAACACCAGGCAUUGUCUUGAUUGUGCGGCCUUUUGAAAAAACAAUAAAGAGCUCACACCUGUGCAUGAGGAUCAACCACAGGUUGGACGACAAAGCUUGA